AUGCCUAAUCGUUAUGUCAGUUAUGUCGGUGCCCCAGGAACAGCGAACGGCAGCUUCCCCCCGGCCUUCCUAAUAGGCUCACAUACGAUCACGCAGCCUCUCGUUGACAUCACGUAUGUCAAAGCUCAUUUGAGCCUGCUAGGUGCAUUCAAAGCCCUAGAGCAACGCGUGGAGACGUGUCUUGAAGAUGACCUCCCUGUUCUCGCAAGGGGGCUUGAUUCUACCGAGCAGAAGUCACGCAGGUGGGUAUGGUUUGUCUGCCUAGCCGUGGAGAGGUUCCACCGCUGGGCGAAAUGCGCAACGGCGAAUCAAGACACUGAGUCUUGGGUUCACGCGGAAGCGCCACCGCUCGACGUGCUAAUGGUAUGGCACGCUUACAUGCUAAACCCCGCAUGGUACGGGGACGAUUGUCUGCGCGUAUCCGCGCUGCGAACUCUUCGCGCUUUGAAUGACAGAUUGUUACCUGCACUGGUUGUCAUGGGCAAUCCCGCCAAGUAUCGACCGUCUGAGGAACGCAAGCCGUACUUGGGCGAAGACGGCCGCGGAUUCGCCCAACAAGGGUUCAAACUGACGUGCUCAUGCUGCUCGUUGGCGAUCGACAAACCCGCGUUGGCAUUGGAUAAACUCGCGAGCGAUUUGGUCAAGGAUCACAAUGAUCCCGAUGCAACUAUGGACGCAUAUCUUCCAGGCACGCUGCGCAGUCCUACCGACCUGGCGUACAUCAAGCGUGCGAGGCAAAUCAAGGACCGGAUUGUGAACAUCGACCAGUUUCGCCAACCAAAAGCAUGCACUCGCGAAGAAUGGAGACGCAAGAUCAAGGAAGAUUUUGACCACUCCAUUAACAACGUUCACGAUACCCUGCGACCGAUGCCUCAGAGAGCUCUAGGUCUGCUCAAACGCAUGUUGAACAGGAUUCUGAGUGCUUACACAGACGAUAGCCCAUUCUCAAUAGACCUCGUAAGCGCUGUCAUCCGGCAGGGCUCCUUCACUUCCAAGAUGCACUACUUUGGGUGGACAGCUCCGGGGUACUUCGACAAGCCAAUAGACGAGGUCGUGCUCGUGCACGCGAUCACGCGCUACCAUGCAUUCCUUGACCUGAUGGCGCCGUCACCGGCGUCGUUCUUCGUGCCAACCCUUGACAUCGAUCUUGUUUGGCAUACUCACCAGCUGACGGCGGGCAAGUACGCAGAUGACUGCAUGGAAUACGUCGAACGUUACAUAGACCACGAUGACAAAGUGGAAGAGAAUCAUCUAGCAAACGCCUUCGAUGUUACUUGCAGGGUCUGGCAGCAACGUUUCGGCGUCCCAUACACCUACUGCGGGUGCCCCCUGCCCGGCGACUCCAUCGGCGACAAGCUCCAGCGGCUCUUGCGCAGACGAUCCGAGCAGCCAUCUGAUUUGUGUCCCCCGGCACAUCCCGACGCCCCGCUCGCCACGCACGCAAGCGAGCACAACGCCGUGCAGGUCCAGCUGAGCAGUGCGCUCGGCAAGCACAAGGCCGCAGAGCUCCGCCGCCAGAGAGAGCUACGCGAGCGGAAGAUGCACGAGCGCCGCAAGCGCGACGAACGGCGCAUGCUCAAGGGCGAGUUCGACCCGGAGCAGUAUCAGCGCGGACAGAGGCACGACAUCGUGUUUAUGGCGGCGGUGCCGUUCAUAUCGCCUGCGGGUCCUGGCGCCACAGGCUCGCACGAUGUUGCUCACGGGAAACCCACGCGUCUGUAG